GAGGUCGCGCCCCGCAGAGCCUCGAGUCAUCCUGGUGAUCGUGGUGUCUCCGAGGCGCCGCUGACUUAUUUCUUUAUUUCCCGCCUUCCCUGACCCUCAAGAUGCCGGACCACUUAGGCGCCGACAUGCGGAAGACCCACGACGAGAAGAGCGACGACGAGCCCAUCAAAGUUCUGGAUGAGGCCGACAUAACUCUGCUAAAAGCUUAUGGUCAAGGACCAUACACCAAGGUAAUCAAGAACAUCGAGGAGGACAUCCAGAAGACAGUGAAGAAAGUGAAUGACCUGACGGGCAUCAAGGAGUCAGACACUGGCCUGGCCGUGCCCGCCCUCUGGGAUCUGGCGGCCGACAAACAGACCCUGCAGAAUGAACAGCCUCUACAGGUUGCCCGCUGCACCAAGAUCAUUAACGCUGACUCCGAUGACCCCAAGUACAUCAUUAACGUUAAGCAGUUUGCCAAGUUUGUGGUGGACCUGGCGGACUCCGUGGCCCCGACAGAUAUCGAGGAAGGCAUGAGAGUUGGAGUGGACCGCAACAAGUACCAGAUCCACAUUCCGCUGCCGCCGAAGAUCGAUCCAUCCGUCACCAUGAUGCAGGUGGAGGAGAAGCCGGACGUCACGUACUCUGAUGUGGGCGGCUGCAAGGAACAGAUCGAGAAGCUGCGGGAGGUGGUGGAGACGCCCCUGCUGCAUCCAGAGCGCUUCGUCAACCUGGGCAUUGAGCCUCCCAAGGGUGUGCUGCUGUUCGGUCCGCCCGGCACUGGCAAGACGCUGUGUGCGAGGGCUGUGGCCAACCGCACCGACGCCUGCUUCAUCAGGGUCAUCGGCUCGGAGCUGGUGCAGAAGUACGUCGGAGAGGGAGCCAGGAUGGUGCGUGAGCUGUUUGAGAUGGCGAGGACCAAGAAGGCGUGCCUCAUCUUCUUCGACGAGAUUGAUGCCAUCGGUGGCGCUCGUUUCGACGACGGUGCCGGCGGUGACAAUGAGGUGCAGAGGACGAUGCUGGAGCUCAUCAACCAGCUCGACGGUUUUGACGCUCGUGGCAACAUUAAGGUGUUGAUGGCCACCAACCGACCCGACACCCUUGACCCGGCCCUCAUGCGACCUGGGAGGCUGGACCGCAAAGUAGAGUUUGGCCUGCCGGACCUGGAGGGCAGGACGCACAUCUUCAAGAUCCACGCCAAGUCCAUGUCUGUGGAGCGAGACAUCCGCUUCGACCUGCUGGCUCGCCUCUGCCCCAACAGCACAGGAGCGGAGAUCAGGUCGGUGUGCACGGAGGCAGGCAUGUACGCCAUCCGAGCCCGCAGGAAGGUGGCCACGGAGAAGGACUUCCUGGAUGCCGUCAAUAAGGUCAUCAAGGCCUAUGCCAAGUUCUCUGCCACGCCACGCUACAUGACCUAUAAUUAAGGGUUCGUUUAUACACACGCACACACACACACGCGCACUCAAACACAAACACUCACAGUCUCAAUAUACAUGUCAUUCAUUAUUUUGGAUCGUUCAUGUUGCUUUUUUCCUGCAAGUUGCUUUCCCCUUCUCAGUUGAGGUAUCCAACAGUGAAAGAAUGCAAGGGACAGAACCAUUUUUUUGUCUGCACUGGGAAAGGCAGACUACACAUCCCAGGAAGAACAAAAUACAAGCUACAAGGGAAAAGCAACCCACAGCACACCAAAUGCAAGGUCACUUUUUCCAUGCAACUUGUUCUCUCUGCAAUGUGUAGCUUCCCCUUCCCAGUGCAGACUAGAAAAAAUGGCUUAGUCCCUUAUGUUUCUUCUCUUCUGGAUGCUCCAAAUGUCUAAGCAGUAUAUAUGUACAGAGAAAAAGAUCAUCACUCCAGCACUUAAGUUAUAGGAAGAGCAAUUGAACUAUCUUGUAAUGGAUGAUGUACGUGUUAACCAAUAGGAAUCUUUAAUAGCUUUGUUUGGGUAUUUAUUUACAAUCCCACGUCCCAGGUGAACACAGUGGUUUGCAAUGGAGGGUGAAGAGUACAUAAAUAAAAAGUUUUAUAUGUAUAUCA